GCGCGGUGGUCGUGCGUCGAGCGCGCGUGAAGUGAUGUCUGAAAGAUGAGGCUGCCGCUGGUGCUACUGUGGCUGGGAGCGGCGGCGGCUUGCGGCCCGGGCCGCGGCUUCACCCGCCGCCACGGACCGCGCCGCAUCACCCCUCUCGUCUUCAACCAGCACGACCCUAACAUCAGUGAAAAUUCCAAGUCCGCCAGUGGCCCUCCGGAGGGCCGCAUCACGAGGGAAGAUGACAAGUUCAAAGACUUAGUGCCCAAUUAUAAUCCGGACAUUGAUUUUAAGGAUGAUGAGGGCACUGGUGCCGACCGCCUCAUGACACAGCGGUGUAAAGAAAAGCUGAACACGCUCGCCAUUAGUGUGAUGAACCAGUGGCCCGGCGUGCGGCUCAGAGUGAUCGAGGGUUGGGACGAGGAGAAUUCGCAUCUUGACAACUCUCUGCACUACGAGGGCCGUGCCGUAGACCUGACGACCAGUGACCGUGAUCGGAGCAAGUACGGAAUGCUCGCCCGCCUCGCCGUGGAAGCCGGAUUUGAUUGGGUCUUCUACGAAAGCCGGUCCUAUAUACACUGCUCAGUCAAGACAGAAUCUUCUGUGGGAACAGGAGCUGGUUGUUUUCCCUCUGGGUCUAUUGUACACACGGUAGACGGUCCCCGGGACAUCGCUUUUCUCAGGAAAGGAGACCGAGUAUUGGCCUCAGAUGCCGUUGGAAAAAUGGUUUAUUCAGAGGUAUUGACAUUUAUUGAUCGAGAACCGAACGCAACACGACAGUUCAUUGAAAUAACAGCAGAGAACGGUGUGAGUAUAACAACCACACCUUCUCACCUCCUGCUUCUAGCGGCCGCGGACGGCUGGCGGGAAUCCUUUGCCACUAAUAUCGAAGUUGGAGAUGUCCUCCUCACCAGAGGGCAAGGUAGCGUGAUGCGGCCAUCAAGAGUAGUCAAGACUCGAGUGGUAUCAAAGAGAGGAGUUUACGCGCCACUCACGAGUGCGGGUACGAUAAUCGUAGAUGACGCACUGGCGUCUUGUUACGCACUCGUAAGGAGCCAUGCCCUGGCGCAUGCUGCAAUGGCUCCGCUACGCUGGAUGGCUGGCUGGAGUAGCUCCAGCGAAGCUUCCCGUGGAGUCCACUGGUAUGCUAAUGCGCUUUAUAACGUCGGCGACUACGUACUUCCAUCUUCAUACAAAUAUCACUAAAGUUUUAGUGUUGUGCUGUAAUGACAAUUCUUUAGAAGUGAUCAAAGACAAACAUUGCGUGCAGGUCGCGCUAAUCUUGGACACUUGUAAAUAAAAUCUGUAAAUAAAAGUCGUGAGCGUCAGUUUGAGAAAUUGUAAAUAAAAUCUCGUGUAUUAAAUAGUUUACAAUAUAAAACGAAUUAAUUUAAGGUGUCAUCGUCUGAAUCGUGUCUAUUUAUUAAGUAGUUUUUAGAGACGACUUUGCAAAUUUUGCGUAUAACUAAUAAGUUAACAUACAAAUAUUUGUAAAUUGUGUCGGUAUUGUUAUUCUGCACAAUGCAGAAAUACUUAUCUGUAUGCGCUUAUGUUCUUUAAAUAGUUGUGUAGAUAAUGUAAGCACUUUAUUAGCUAAUCUAAAUUAUCUAUCACCCUACUAGUGAAGUAUUAUUAGGUCUAUUACAAAGCAAAGCAGUAUUUGUUUAUCUCCAUGAUUGUAACUUGACAUUCCAUGGCCCUAAUCCUUGACGUACCUACAACUUUAUAUAAAUUUUGAUAUAAUGAAUUUGUGAUCUUGGUACCUAAAAAAGUGCCUUAAGAUUUUAUUUAUUGUUAACUAGGCUAGUUCUCUAUUUAAAAAUUGACGAAUUCGAUCAUAUAAAUCCUAUAUCCUUCUAACUUAUUUCGAUGCAUUUUUCUUACUUUAAGUUUAUAUUAGCUGAAUGCAUCAUUAUUUAUUUGUUCUUUAUUGUAAUUCCUUGCUUGCUAUUUAUUUAGUGCUAUUUAAGUUAAGUAUCAGUAUGUACCUACCGACUCUACAAUUCACCGUUUAUUUAUGUUGUGUGACUUUAAUAUAUGUAAUGAUUUUGAUUUGCGGACAGCCUUAAAUGUAUCUCUAUUAUUCUAUUUAGACAAAUAAAUUUCAUAAGUACCUAGUUACUUGCUUUUUUACACAGUGAUAGAUAGCUAUUUUUGUAUAUUAAGAAAACGUCAUAUUUGGCUAUAAGGUUAUAAAAAAAAGGUUUCCUGGCUGGCAAAACUUUUUUCUUGAAGUAUCGUAAUUUUUUGUUAUUUUCCGGCCAUGGCGGCGUUAAACUAGGCGGAUAACUCACGACAACGCAGCGACUGGUGCGGUGCGAUUACUAAAAAGUUAGGUUCAUUACGACUGCGUACGAGCCUAAGCUGAUUCUCACUCUCCAUUAAAACACAGGCCCAUUUUAGUAAUAGUAGAGAUUUUUGUGACAGAUCCCGUCUGGGAAUUUCCACCGCCAUGCCUAUUGUGGCCGCUAAGCAGGAUGUGAGCUGUGUUCACGCAUUACUGUGUUCCGGCCUGAAGGGCGUGGUUAUGGUGUUAUUAUAGGCACAUGAGGCUUAACCUCUAUUUCUUAGGUUAACUAAAACAUGGCGUCAUUUUGUAGGACGGGUUUCCUGCGCGGAGAAAGUACAAAAUUAUAUGUUCUCCCAAAGUUUAAUAAACUUUCUGGCCUGUGCGCCAAAACGUCGAAAUAAUACAAUUAUAAAAUAUUUUAAACGUGUAAUAGUAAACGGAAGUAAACUUCUCCUAUACUUUACUGUUGCCGUGCUUUGGCUAAUUAUAUCCCUUGUAUCCAGUUCAUAUAGUCGGGGGAUAUAUUUUUUAUCGCCUGAUCAUGCUAGGUCUAGUGCCUACGCUAGCCGUGCUGGGGGUACCUACUGCAGUACAGAUUUAGUUUUAUGCUUACCUAUAGAAUGACUUAUCAUUUGCUGUCUGCGCACAGUGCGUUAUCCGCCUAACUUCUGAAUAGAAGUAAAUUUUAUUAUAAGAAAAUAGCCGGAUGAGUAUUUAUUUGUAACUUUACAAACAAGCUUUAAAUAAUUGGGCUUAGAAGGAAUAGUAUCAUUCAGGAAGGAAUUGUAUCAUUCAGUCGCAAGGCCUGCCUUUCGGUAUGCUAUAGGAUAUAUUUCGGAAGUUUUCUCAAGAACUAUUUCAUCUAGUUCCCCCCUCGCCUUGUUACCAUCGAACUGCGAGGCACCGUAAGGAUCUGCAUCCCUGCGUGGGCGAAAU